AGCAACUCCCUCCUUCCUCCCUCAGAAGCGCACAACAAUACACUAAAAAAAAAUGUCCCAUGGCAACAGAUUUCUGUUCAGAAACGGCGUCGUUUUACCUGCGGCUGACACUCCUUCAGUGGCAGCUUUUCUCGAAUCACACCCAGGUGCAUAUACAACCACGCGCACCCACAACAAUGGCACCGAACUCCUCUUCUGGGAAAGACAUCUCGAUCGGCUAUCGAAUUCAUUCAAAUUGCUGCUGAAUCACAAUCCCAAACUUCUAUCGAAAACCCCCGGUUUGAAAUUAUCGAACCGAGCAAUGAUGUGGGACUCGGCGAUUCGUUCUCUGGUCGAUGAUUCCAUGAGGAAAGCGAUGCCUUUUGUCGUAAACGAGAGGAGAUUUGGGGAGGAAAUGGCAAUUACUGCUCUUUUGAGUGGCAAUUCGGAGAAUUUGGAUCUUUCGGAGGGUGGUUUCGAUGAGGGGGAUACUUCUGAGGGUUUGGAUUUGUAUUUACAUGUAGGUAGAUAUGUUCUGCCUGUUUUUGGCCUUCGAGAGAACGCCGCACGUUUGGCGGUGGUCGGUCGUGGUCGGGAUUUUGCGAACGCAAAGUAUUCCGAUUGGGUCAGAGCUUUUGUAGGUGGUAGGCUAAGGAAGCCUUUGGAGAAGCUGAGGCCACCUUCAGUUACCGAGCUUUUGUUAUCGAACGACGGCGAAUGCAUUUUGGAAGGAUGUUUGACCAACUUUUUCGUUGUUUGUCGAAAGGAGAAAGAUCAAGAUAGUAACACAUUUGGGCAGAAUGAAUUACCGAAUUUGAGAAGCAUCGAAAUUCAGACUGCUCCCUUGAGUGACGGUGUUCUUCCUGGAGUUAUUCGACAAGUGAUUAUAGACAUAUGCUUGAAGAUCGGAAUUCCUUUCCGAGAAGUUGCGCCUUCGUGGUCGAAACGUGAAUUGUGGAUUGAAGCAUUCAUCACAAAUAGUCUUAGGAUAUUACAACAUGUGGAAACAAUACAAGCUCCGAACGACUGGAACUCGUUUGAAUCAAAUACUUGGGAGGAGAUAACAUGGGUCGAGAAACGAUUCGAGGAUUGUCCAGGGAAGAUCACAUCACUGUUGCAGAAAGCAAUUAUGGACGAAGCUGCUGUUGAAGCCUUUUCGGUUACUUCAUUUCACCAAAGAUAGGCUAAACUUAUAUAUAUAUAUAUAUAUAUAUAUAUAUAUAUAUAUUGUAUGUAGAUGAACGAUAGAGAUCUACAUUUUGCAUCAUUUUAUGUUUUUAUGUUCAUUAUUUA